AUGCACGCUGGUCCGGUGCUUCUAAGUUUCAUCACAGCAGCUACGCUGGUGACAAUAACUCCGGUCACCGGAUAUCGUCCAUUGCCCCACUUAAAACCCAACAGCUCUGGUUUACAGCUCGGCGGCUCCAAGAAAUUCGAGGGUUCAUCGAGUUUUGUCCACAUGAGAUACCACAUGGGUCCAGUUCUCACCGGCAACAUUACCGUCCACACGAUUUGGUACGGAGGGUGGCAGAAAUCCCAAAAGAAGAUCAUCCGCGACUUCAUCGGCUCGAUCUCCGCCGUCAAUGCCGAGCACCCUUCGGUUGCUGGGUGGUGGGAGACCGUACGACUUUACGACGACCAAACGGGCGCCAACGUAUCCGGUGAAGUGCGUUUAGGGCAGGAGAAGAACGAUCGUUUUUACUCCCAGGGAAAGUCACUAACGCGCUUGUCGCUGCAGUCCGUCAUAAAAAGCGCGGUAACCGCGAGGACGAAGCCGUUGCCCAUAAAUCCACAAAGCGGGCUCUAUCUGGUUCUCACGUCCGAUGACGUGUACGUGCAGGAUUUUUGCGGCCAAGUUUGUGGGUUCCACUACUUCACGUUCCCGUCCAUCGUGGGCUACACGCUCCCGUACGCAUGGGUGGGUAAUUCCGCGCAGCUUUGCCCGGGGAUAUGCGCCUACCCGUUCGCCGUGCCGGAAUACAUGCAGGGGGUGCAGCCGUUAAAGUCACCCAACGGCGACGUGGGUGUGGACGGGAUGAUAAGCGUGAUCGGGCACGAGCUGGCUGAGCUGGCGACGAACCCAUUGGUGAACGCUUGGUACGCGGGGGAUGACCCAGUGGCUCCCGUUGAAAUAGCUGAUUUAUGCGAGGGUAUUUAUGGAACUGGAGGUGGUGGUUCUUAUAUGGGACAGGUAUUGGAGGGUAGGGAUGGUGCCACGUAUAACAUGAAUGGGAUCAGACGGAGGUACUUGGUUCAAUGGGUUUGGAACCAUAUUGUGAGUUACUGUACUGGACCCAAUGCUCUUGAUCAGUAACUGUUUUUGUAACCUAC